AGAAGAGUGGGAUAUAAAUGUAGUAAAUAUAUAUUUUUUAAAUUUCCCCAUUUGGGCAGAGGGAGAAGAAACAGAAACUAAAAGAGAGAUCAGACAAGUGUGCAGCUUCCCAUCCUCCUCCUUCCCGCCGGCUUCGGAAAGGGAAAAACAAGGGGGGGGGGGUUGAGGAUGAUGACUCAGAGGGAUCCUCCUCCGAAAGGGAGCAUCAUCAGGGCCCCUUCCUCCUUCCUUCCUUCCUUCCUUCCUCUUCCUCCGGCCCCAUCUCCGUCUUGAGCUGUCUGGAGAGACAGACACAACAGCCACCAUCGCAAGCAAGCAAGCAAAGUCCCCCUCCGAUGAUCCCUGCAGGGAGCCAUGGAGCCUCACCCUCCGCACACCUGUGUGGUGGCCGUGGUCAUCGUCUGCACCAUGGGAGCCAUGGAUGUCUACCUGGUGGAGCAGAGCGCCGGGGCCCGGCGGCUGGGGGUCGGGGCGCUGGCGCUGGCCGGGGACCUCUUCUUCCUGCUGGCGCUGCGCUACGCCACGGCGUGGGUGGGCGGUGAGGCCCGGCAGGCCCAGCGGGGCUACGCCAUGGUCCUGUGGUUCCUCUUCGCCUUCGCCUUGGAGAUCAAGCUCUACUUCAUCUACCAGCAUUACGCCACGGAGGUGCGGGUGCCCGACCCGCUGGCCCGGCGCACCCUCACCCUUUUGCUCUCUGUCUGCAUCCCGGCGCUCUACACGGUGUUAGGAGCCGCUGAGUUGGUGGCCCAGGCCGCCGCCAGCUUCCGGAAGAAAGACGAGCUCCGCGGGCGGCUGUUUUGGGUGGUGCUGGACCUGCUGGACGUGCUGGAGAUCCAGGCCAGCUUGUGGGAGCCGCAAGGGCGGGUGCUGCCCUUGUGGGCCGAGGGCUUGACCUUCUUCUAUUGCUACGGGCUGCUGCUCGUCCUGCCUUGCGUGUCGCUGAACGAGCUGGGCGUGUGCGGCCCGCAGCCGGACACGCUGUACCCGCUGCUGAGCCUGGCCAGCGUCAACGUGGCCACCAUCUUCAUCCGCGGCGGGCUGCUGCUCCUCUGCCGCGACCAGCGCAUCUCCUCCAUCUUCAUGGGGAAAAACGUCCUCGCGAUUGCCUUGAAAUGCUGCGCCGCGCUCCAGCACCAUCAGCGGCACAAGAAAGGCAAGCCGGCUCACAGACAGAGCCCACAGCUCCACAGACACAUUGGAACAACAGGAGAAGCAUGUCCCAGGCACGUGGCACCCGACAGGCCUCAGGGAUGUGCCGGACACAUUGCAGACGACCAACCACAGGUCAGAUCCCCACCCAGGCAUCUCCGAGAGGCAGAGGCGCACUACCACGUGCAACCCGUAUGCCACCAGCUCCACAGCCACUGCCCAGUCAGAGCCCAAAGCGCCCGGCAUCAUGGACAUGCGGCACCGCAAUCCUCCCCUCACGAUUCGGCCCCUGGUUCCUCCAGAGCAUUGCGCACGGCCCAGCAUAUCCAACUCAAGUCUCUAUGGAGUGCGCCAUGAAGCACCGUUCUGCUUCAGAAUCUCUCCCUGGCACUCUUGGCAUCCAAGAGAAGGGCGUUAAAAGGAAAGCGGAGAAAUCAGAGUCAGUGACACCUGAGCUCAGCUGGUUCGGAAUACGCUGUAUUCGCGAUGUGUAUGACCAAGACGAUUGCUCUUGAAGCAGGAAAUGGCACCAGACACACUAAAGCAAACUCUUUCAAACUCUGGCUCUUUCAAAGUUAGAGGGUUGCUGUGUGUUUUCCGGCCUGUCUGGCCAUGUUCCCUCCUGACGUUUGGCCCACAUCUAUGACAGGCAUCCUCAGAGGUUGUGAGGUCUGGUGGAAACUAGACAAGUGGGAUAUAUGUAUGUAUUUAUAUGUAUAUGUGUAUAUAUAUCUAUGGGCCCCUGGUGGCACAGUGCGUUAAAGCGCUGAGUUGCUGAACUUGCGGACCAAAAGGUCCCAGGUUCAAAUCCCGGGAGCAGAAUGAGCGCCCACUGUUAGGACCAGCUCCUGCCAACCUAGCAGUUUGAAAACAUGCAAAUGUGAGUAGAUCAAUAGGUACCGCUCCGGCGGGAAGGUAAAGGCCCUCCAUGCAGUCAUGCCAGCCACAUGACCUUGGAGGUGUCUACGGACAACGCCGGCUCUUCGGCGUAGAAAUGGAGAUGAGCACCAACCCCCAGAGUUGGUCACGACUGGACUUAACGUCAGGGGAAAACCUUUACCUUUACUUAUAUAUCUAUAUAUAUAUAUAUGUCUGUUUGAGGCAAGUGUGAAUGUUGUCCACGAUUAGAAUUAAAUAAUAAUA